AUGUCCCUCGCAGCGCUCCCGCCUGAGCUGCUGGAGCAUGUCUUGUGCUGGCUCCCUGGGGUACUGGCAUACGCACCGGUGUCGCGCAUGUUUGCGCAGCUUGCGGCGCGCGUCCAACUCGCACAGAGUCGAGAACAAGCUGGGGGAGAAACGAUGCAGUUGACGGGGGCAGCGUUGAGCGCGCUGGGCUGGUAUGUUCCUCCCGCGUUCAUUGGCUCAGUGGCGCACGUGAAGGCGCUGGAGUGCGUGCUCGAGGGGCGGGCGGAGAUGCUGCGCCAGACACGUGUCCUCCGCACGCUCGUCCGCGCCACUCCAAACCUCCGCCAGCUCGACGUCACGUUCUCCGUGGACCCCUUCCUUGCGCCCGGGCCGAGUAUCCGCAGGACGAUCUUCGACGCGAUCUGUGGCGCACUCGCCGACGCCGCCGGACGCCACGCGCCGAAGGAGCCGGUGUUCAUCGUGCUGGCAGGCGCAGUGUUCAGCUGUCGGGCGGCGGACAUUCGGCGCUGGCGGUUGGACGUGUUUCGCUACCAUCCUUCUUGGCUUCCCUCUGGAUCUGUCGAAUAUCCGGGCGACACGGUCCGUUCGAGCACCCACCUCCGCACCCUGGGGCGAUUCCCUACUUUGCGCCAGCUCAACUCGUUGUCGCUGCAACUCAUCCCUGCAACUACGAAAUCCUCGGCAUUCACCCUGCUCGUGUUCAACCCCGGGGACAUCGUCUACCUCUCCUUCCCCUCGAGCCAGGCGCGUGCCCUUGCUAUCUAUCCCAACCGCUCCCGCAUCCUCCGCCAUCUCCACCUCCCGAAUCUCCGCGCCGUCCGGAUCUGCGACGAGUUCUUCAAGCCAGACGCCCUGCGCCACUUCCUCGAGACGAACACGACGCUGCAGCUGCUCACCUACGACCCGCAAAUGCGCGCCGUCUUCUCGAUCUACCGCUCCCGCCGCUCGCCCGACGCCGCUCGGUCUAUCGUCGCCUGCCCGCCGCUCCCGCACCCCAGCCUGCGCUCCGUGCGGCUGAUCACGUCCAACUUCCGCGCGUCAGCGGGCCACAUCCUCGGCACGCUCGCAGACUCCCCGCCCCUCCGCCGCGUCGAGCUUCUCUUCAACGUCGCCACGCGCGGCCCGCGCGCCGCGGAGCUGGUCGUCGACCUCGCCGGCCUGGCGCGCCGCCCCGGGCCGGGCGCCGUCACGCUCAACCUCGUCGACGCGGGCGUGUACUGGUGGGACGUCCCGGGCCGCUGGGCCGCGUUCCGCACGGCCGAGGCGUUCUGGGCCCGGACGCCGGCGGCGCUCGGCGUGGCCCCGGCGCUGCACUGCGUCGGCACGGUGUGGCUCGCCCCGCGCACGUUCGCGCUGGCGGAGGACAUGCUCCCGUUCCUGGCGCUGCUGCCGGCGCUGCGCCUGCUUUCGGUGGCCUUCGUCGUGCGCAGGCUGGCCCGCACGCGCGAUCGGCGGAGACUGGCCAUGCUGGGAAGUGGCAAGCUCGUGGUGUUGAAGGUGCCGGGCGGAAAGAGUCGGGAGAAGACCAGGGCAGAGGUAGAGGCAGAUGUCCAGCACUUUUUGCAGGAUGUAGUGCGACCAGCGUUGCCAGCUGUACCAAUGAUCGUGUAUAAAUUGUGGUAA